GAGGAAACCGAUCGACGAUUAAUACGGGGCAGUGAAUCAAAGGAAUUUAAUUAAUUUCGCCGGUCGAAUUUAAUUUUCUUCUCGACCAACGAAAAAGAGACGCGUUUUCCUCCGAGAGGAAAUUCUCGAGAAUCGUUUCGCGUUCUCGAUCGAUUUUCAGCGAGCAUCCUUAUCGAAAUUAUCUCGAAAUUCUAUCAAAGCGACGGCGAAAACGAAUUACAAGUUUCCCUUUGCCAAGGCACGUGGCGUAAGCUGGCAAAAGUAAGAGAAAGGAACAACGAUUAAGCGGAAGUUUGAAGUCAACUCGUUUCGUACGAUCGUCUUUCCACGAUCGCGUGAAUUUUUCACGGUCAACUUGGAUAUUUCUCUUACGUGUUAUCAUCGGUUGUUCGCCGGUGUCUGAGCUAUCCACUGCGAGAGUAAAUAUCUGUCCGCUUCGUCUCUUCCAGGCUUUCGCGAAACUUUAACUUAAUAAUAGCUGGACAAGCUACUCAAAGCAGCGUAGACGGUCUCUUAUUAAAACGUCGGCUCCGUGCACUUCAGAAAAUUGAUUUAACUCUUAAACAGCCACGCGUUAUAUACCGCCGUAAGUAGAGUUUGCUGAAAUUUUUCAUCCGAAAAAUAAACGGAUAUAGAAACUUUCCUUCCUCUCUCGCUCGAUCCUUCGUCCUUGUCUGCGAGUGCGAGGAGAACAAUGUGUUUAAUAAUGAGAGAAAAGGAGCAGAGAGGGCGAAAAAGAAUAAAACCUUGGUAAAGAGAAAAAUGGAUGGCAGAGACGCUGCGAGCGUUUUCUCGAUAGUCUCUCUUCGAAUUACUCCGAGAAAUGCCGAGUCCGAUUUCUAUUCUUUUUCUAAAUUCCUAAGGGAGGAAAGAAAGGUCCCUCGUGAUGAUCGACCUCGGCGCACGAUCGUUCUCAACGGAUCUUAAAGAAUUCGAAAAGGUACGGAGAGACGGUCGAACGUUGUUUCGAGCUUCCCCUAAAGAUGUCACCAAUUUUUUCCCCCGCUCGUCGAUUAUACACAAUUAUCGUAAAUCAGGAUUCGUACGUUAUUAUCGUUGUCGUCGUUCUUAUCAUCUCUCGUAUUCCUACAAUGGUCCUUCUUUUUCCCUUCCCGCAAAUUAGCUUUCAGAGAACCAGCAGCCUUUGUUACGCGUAAUUAUAAUAAAUAUUAGGUAUUACCCGUGGACGUAAUGAUCAAUUAAAGCGUUGUAAAAGGUGAGAUUUAAUGGGUGCACGAGAGCGAAUAAUUUAUGGAUGGCAAGCAACGCGUGCAAAUUACGAGUCUUCUACCAAAUAGUAGUAUCCGAAAUGUGCAAAGCGCUCGGAUUUGCAUAAGCGUCAUGCAUAAUAACUGAUAUCUGGAAAGUACGUUACGUCGUGUCCUUCCCUUCCCGUUCCUUUUUUUCCAACUGGAAAUACGAUACGCGUGAAAAUGACUUCUCCUCGAGGCGUAUCGAAGCGUCGCCAAGCAAGAGCUGGUAUUUCCCUGAAUCGCGUUACCGGUGGUUUCCUUCCGCGAGGCCGCAGAUAAAUCCAAUUCGAUCUAUCUCAGGGAAAUUGCGUUUCUUAGACGUUCCUCCUAUCUGUCCCUCCUCCCGCUCUCUCCUCGUCGAAACUCGAUUUUCCAGUAGGAGCUAUCUCGGACAUCGACUCUCGCGAAAAACAAUCGACUAUGCAAAAAAUGUCGGACUACCAGCCAAGUCUUUCUUUCGAAGCGAUCGAAUAUUCGAUUAUAUUCCUUUUCCAACCCGUAACAUUUCCAGUUCCUUUCGCUCGAUCGACCGUCAAAUCUCCGUCGAUUAGAUCGAGAUUCGUCGAAGCGAUGCUACGCAUUCGCCCAAGAGAUGCCGAUGUAUCCAUCAUUUUUAAAAGGUAGACCUAUCGAUUCGCCGCGAGGAAACAGGGGCGGAGAACGAAGGAGAGGGAAAAUCGAGUAGCUACUUGCAUCGAGAAAAGGAAAAAACGAAUUUGCGAGUAAGGCGAUCUCUUGGAUGAAGUUCUAUUAAUUAGCUAUUAAGUUGGCUCGUCGAAUACUCUCGAUCGAAAUUAUCAAAGGAUUUCGAGAUUGGCUUUCCACCGUGAUUACUCUUGUCUCGUCGUUCGUUUUAUUAAAACUUUGCGAUGUCCUUCGUACUCGAGCUCGCGAGUUUCUAACUCGUCUACAACAACGGCGUCGACUUUUCUUCGUUAAAUUACUACUCGGGGCUCGAAUUGUCCUAUCUACGCGGAGACGAAGGACGGAGGAGAAAAAUGCUUUUGCAAGGAUCGUGACUUUCUUUUCCAGUGUCUUCCGUAAACACCUUUGAUAAGGGACGAGCAACAGUUAAUAGUACUUUACAACGAUUUACGAAUCGUACAACUUAGAUAUUACAAAGAGGAGUAAGUCAUACUCUUAAUCCGCGAUUCCUCAAUCAAUCAAAACGUCGUCUUCCUGAAGAGAAACAUACAAAGUAUUGUAUACUUGAACGUAUCGUUGAUACUAUCGUGCGAUUCACCCUUUUUCGACGGAUUCGUUUUGCCAACGAACGAGAGAAGCGAGAAGAAGAAGAAGAAGAAGAAGAGAGAAGUACUCUUGUAAAUUUUCGAUAUAACCAAGCUUAAAGUCGGAGCUAGUAAAUAGUCUAACGGUAGUUUAGACGUUGACAAUCGAUAAUAAAGUAAAAGAAAUAAAAAAGAGAAUGGCGAGUGUUGGAAGAUAGAAGAAGAAGAAGAAGAAGAAGAAGAAGAGAAAGAAGAAGAAGGACGAUGCGAAACGUAAAAGUCCUCUUUGCGACGAUCCUUCCGCUUCUCGGCAUGCUCGUCGUCUCCGAGGUGCAAGCUUGGAGAUUGACGAUCGGUCAGAGCGGAACUCGCGGGAGCUCGCUCGACGGAAAGGAUGGGAAAAGUAAUUUACCAAAUCUAACCAUUGGUCUGGUAGUGCCGCACACGAAUUUUGGUGCGCGCGAGUACACAAAAGCGAUCAAUCGAGUGGUUAGCAAUCUUCACAAAGCAAGGAUCAGAGGUCAAACGAGAUUUACGUUUCUCGAGAAGUACAUUUUUACGCCGCAUCAGGUGAAGAGCACUAUGCUGAGACUCACGCCAAGUCCUACAGCGAUACUCGAUUCUCUCUGCAAGGAUUUCCUGUCAUUGAACGUAUCGGCUAUUUUGUAUCUGAUGAAUUACGAACAAUACGGCCGUAGCACGGCCAGCGCUCAGUAUUUUCUUCAAUUGGCCGGUUAUCUAGGAAUUCCCGUUAUUGCUUGGAACGCCGAUAAUUCUGGACUCGAAAGGCGAGCUUCGCAGAGCAACCUGCAGCUACAGUUGGCUCCUUCGUUGGAACAUCAAACGGCUGCGAUGUUGAGUAUCUUGGAGCGAUACAAAUGGCAUCAAUUCAGCGUAGUCACGUCACAGAUCGCGGGCCACGACGAUUUUAUUCAGGCGGUCAGAGAACGCAUUUCCGAUAUGCAAGAUACGUUCAAGUUUAACAUAUUGAGCGCGGUACAGGUAACGGAUGCGAGCGAUCUCUUGGAGUUGGUAAACAGCGAGUCAAGAGUGAUGUUGCUCUACUCGACUCGAGAGGAGGCAAUGCACAUACUCAAGGCUGCCGAAGAUUACAAGAUCACCGGCGAGAAUUACGUUUGGGUCGUCACUCAAAGCGUCAUAGAAACUCUACAAUCGGCCAGUCAGUUCCCGAUUGGAAUGCUCGGCGUGCACUUCGAUACGAGCAGCGACAGUCUCAUCAGCGAGAUCAACACAGCUGUCAAAGUUUACGCUUACGCCGUCGAGGACUUUGUAAACGACCCCAAGAACGCGAAUUACACUUUGGACACUCAGCUGAGUUGCGAGGGAGCCGGGGAAGCCCGAUGGAACACUGGAGACUUAUUUUUCAAAUAUCUGAAAAACGUAUCGGUGGAAGGCGAUCAAGGGAAGCCAAACGUCGAAUUCACUCAAGACGGUGUUCUCAAGGCUGCGGAAUUGAAGAUUAUGAAUCUUCGUCCUGGAGUUAGCAAGCAGCUCGUUUGGGAGGAGAUCGGCGUUUGGAAGUCCUGGGAAAAGGAAGGUCUCGACAUAAAGGACAUCGUUUGGCCGGGUAACACGCACACGCCGCCACAAGGAGUACCGGAAAAGUUUAAUUUGAAGAUAACGUUUCUCGAGGAACCACCGUACAUCAAUCUCGCUCCGCCCGAUCCCGUCAGUGGGAAAUGUCUAAUGGAUCGUGGCGUUCAUUGUCGAGUAGCCAAGGAAUCGGACAUGAGCGAGAUGGACAUUCAGUCGGCUCAAAAAAACGGAAGUUUUUAUCAAUGCUGCAGCGGAUUUUGCAUCGAUCUACUUCAAAAAUUUUCCGAGGAAAUAGGCUUCACGUACGAGUUGGCUAGGGUGGAGGACGGGAAGUGGGGUACGCUCGAGAACGGGAAGUGGAAUGGUCUUAUAGCGGAUUUGGUUAACCGGAAGACCGACAUGGUAAUGACGUCCUUGAUGAUAAAUUCCGAAAGAGAGGCAGUCGUGGACUUUACCGUUCCUUACAUGGAAACCGGAAUAGCCAUCGUUGUUGCGAAACGAACUGGAAUAAUAUCACCCACAGCUUUCCUGGAGCCAUUCGACACGGCUUCCUGGAUGUUGGUGGGAAUCGUCGCGAUCCACACCGCGACGGUAAUGAUACUCUUUUUCGAAUGGUUGUCACCGUCCGGUUUCGACAUGAAGGUAAAGCCUUCGGUCGCUCCGCAGAAACUGAAAAAUCCAUCGCCGAAUCAUCGCUUUUCGUUUUGCCGCACUUACUGGUUGGUCUGGGCGGUACUGUUCCAAGCAGCCGUCCAUAUCGAUUCUCCGAGAGGAUUUACAGCCAGAUUCAUGACGAACGUUUGGGCGUUAUUCGCCGUGGUCUUCCUCGCCAUUUACACUGCCAACUUGGCUGCCUUCAUGAUAACGAGGGAGGAGUUUCACGAGUUCUCCGGUGUCGACGAUUAUCGACUGGCCAAACCGUGGUCGCACAAGCCCAUGUUCAAAUUUGGCACCAUACCUUGGAGUCAUACCGACAGCACACUGGCUAAAUACUUUAAGGAUAUGCACGCUUACAUGAAGAGCUUUAACAAGAGCAGCGUGGCGGAGGGAAUCGAGGCUGUCAUUAGCGGCGAAAUGGACGCAUUCAUAUACGACGGAACCGUCCUCGACUAUUUGGUGGCUCAGGACGAAGAUUGCAGAUUGCUCACGGUUGGAUCCUGGUACGCCAUGACGGGAUACGGCUUGGCCUUUUCCAGAAAUUCCAAAUAUUUGCAAAUGUUCAACAAACGUUUGCUCGAUUAUCGAGACAACGGUGAUCUCGAGCGUUUGAGACGCUUUUGGAUGACGGGCACUUGUAAACCGGGAAAAGAGGUUCAGAAAAGUAGCGACCCUCUGGCUCUCGAACAAUUUUUAAGCGCAUUCCUAUUGUUAAUGAUGGGAAUUCUCCUCGCAGCCGUCUUCCUUCUCCUCGAACAUCUCUAUUUCAAAUACGUGAGGCAGCACUUGGCCAAGAGCGAUGGCGGUGGAUGCUGCGCUCUUUUCAGCUUGAGCAUGGGAAAAUCUUUGACCUUUCGCGGCGCGGUCUACGAGGCACAGGACAUACUGAGACAUCACAGAUGCAGAGAUCCAAUUUGCGACACUCACUUAUGGAAAGUGAAGCACGAGUUGGACAUGGCCAGGAUCAGGAUACGACAACUCGAGAAGGAUCUCGAGGCCCAUGGAAUAAAGCCCAGUCAGACCAAGAGGAAAACCGGAAGUCUGGCCUGGUUGCGAGGAUGCUUUCAAAGUUCGGACCGGCAUCGACAUCCGGAACCAUUGACGGUCGAAGCGCCGCAUCCGCUACCGCCAUACUUCGAUUCAUUCAUCGACGCGGUCGAGGUUGCCAGGCCGAGAGACAUGAGCACUAACCACGUUGUAAGCACCGAAUACGCGGAAACCUUUUUACCGACGGAGAUUUACAGAAUUCCGGCCACAGAAGGGGUAAGAACGGAAAUUGCAGAAAUGGAAACAGUUCUGUGAUCGUAAGAAGAUCGGCCUUCAUCGCCCAGACGUUAAAAGAAGCUAAGAAGCAAGCAACCGAGAGACACUUAUUCUCCCGAUGAAAAAAGAAAAAAGAAAAAAAAAGAACAAAAAUAUUCCGUCGAAUCCACGAGCAUCGAAUUGGCUUCCUUGCCCUUUUGGAAUCACGGACGACGAGUUCUUUCGUCUCUCCUAAAGGAUAUUUUAUCGACGACGCGAUACGACGCUACGAACGAACGAUUUCAAGCAUCCCGAUCCUUCUCUAAAAGAAGGAGCCUGAAUUUUACAACGUUUUUUGCUUAAUCAACGAGAGAAAGACGACUAUGAAAAAGAGAAUGACAAUGACGAUGAUCUUUGGCAACGUUCGACGACUAAUCGACUCGUCUGUUAAGAACGAUCGACGUUAAUUAAGAACGAUGACGGAGGUCCAUCUUUAACCUCUCAUUCUUUCUCACUUUCUCUGCCUCUCUUUUUCUCUCUCUCUUUUUCUCUCUCUGCAUCAUAUAUAUUAUAUAUAAUAUCUAAUAUUUUUCCUUACUAUUAAGUCUCCUUCCGUAUCCUUUUUCUCUAUCUCUUCCUCUCUUUCUCUCUCUCUCUCUCUCUCUCUCUCUCUCUCUCUCUGUCUCUCCCACACGGAGAAGGAAUUUCCACGAAAAAAUGAAGAGGUUGAAAAAAAGAGGAAAAGCAGCGAGAGUAAAUUGCGAGAUCCACGAGUAAAAUAUGUGAAAGAAAAAUGGGAAAGAAACAAUAUAUAUAUAUAUAUAUAUAUAUAUAUAUAUAUAUAUAUAUAUGUAUAAAAGUACACACAUUCUGUAACGUAGCGUUAAACGUACGCGACUUUUUCCUCGGUCCUUUCUAAAUUCAAUUUGUGCCUACAAAUCGUACGAACGGUAGCCCUUUGCACAACGGGUUUUGAUUACGAGCGAAUGAGAGGAGAAAGAAAAGACGAACAAACGAAAGAGAUAGGAAAAGAAAAGAAAAAAAAAGAAAAAGAAAAUGCGUACUACGAGAAAAAGAGAAAAAGAAAAAAUAGAUACAAAAGAAAAAGCAUAUUGUAAAAGCGCAACGAAAUUAUUCUUCGAUUUUCAAUGUCCUUUCGUGUGGUGGGCAAAGCAUUAAGAGAGAGCUAUUACCACGAGGAUGAUACCGAGCUAUUUAAUGUUGUGUAGGGAACUAAAAUUAAUUAAUAUUAUUAUUAGGGCAAAACACAAUCGGGCACCAACAAUGCAAUAGUUAGUUAUCGAGUUCUUCUCAUUUUUAAGAAGGACUGUUUUAAACUUUGUAUAAACUCGUGACCGACCACCACCGCACACAUGACACGUAAAUACAUAAAAGAAAAAGAAAAUAAAACGUACAUACAUACAUACAUACAUACGACAUACAACAUACAUACAUACAUAUAUAUAUAUACAUACACACAAUUCACGUACAAAGAAAAAUACGACGAGGUUGUAUGAACGUGACCCAAUGAACAAAAAAAGGAAUAGCUAAUCCCAGAGAAGAAGCAAAUCUGUGUCUAUCCUACGAGAUUUAGAUCGGAUAUCUGCGAGUAAAAUAAUAAUAAAAAAAAAGAAAAGAAAAAAAAAAGAAAAAAAGAUGAAAAAGAAAAAAAAACAUGUUUGUCGGUUAACGUUACAUUGUACGCGCAUCGAUAUAAUUAUUAUACAUAUAAGAAUAUACAUAUAUGUGCGUAUUCACGCUACAUAGGUUAUUUCCACGUAAAAGAGAAAAAAGAGCAACAAAUUAAAGACGUACCGUGGACAACAAUGAGAUAUUCUAAAAAAACCUUACUUUGAGGACGUAAUGCUCGACGAAAAAAAUAAUAUGCUACACACACACACAAUGCACACGCACAUAUAUAUGUGUAACGACGAACGAUAUGUAAAGUCGAAAACAAAAAACAUGUAAUGUAUAAUAUAAAAGAAAUAGUAAAGAAGAGAGGUUUCUACCUUAUCGUGGAGCGUCAGGCGUCGUUUGACGAAUAUUUGAAAAUUGUCCAGAAAGACUAAAAAAAAGAAAAAAUAAAAAAAGAAAAAUAACAAGAUGGCAGAGUUUUCGUACGACAACGUAGACGUGUAAAAGGAAUUAAGAGAUAGAAGAGAAUAGAGAUCGUUCGACGAAUAAUAACCCCGACGAGAGGAAAUAUUUUCUAACGCGUAAUUUUGUGCCUGAGAUACCAAUUUCGAGAUAUAAUUUGUAAAAGAUCGUCAUAUUUUUUAGACCAUAUCAAAGAGCCAUAAGUAGAAUUCGCUUCGACGUCCUGACGCUCCGAACAUUUUUGCAAACGAUGACUAUAUACAUAUACAAGACGUACGCGUACGUAAUUAAUGAUCGUAAAUAAAAAAAAAAAAAAAAAGUGGGAUUUACGUGUAUGCUGUCAAAAUAAAACGUCCCGUGAGAUGAAAGCUGCCGCGUCGAUAUAAAACGAGGAAUAAAAAUGAAAGUUCGAAUGGAUGAUUCGAGUUGGGGGGAAGGGAGAAAAAACAAAACAAAAAGAAAAGAAAAAUUCACGAAACGGGCAACACCGUUUGAAAUAAAAAGGAGAUGGGAACGGCGACGGCUUAAUCAACGGGACGUUUCGUUAGGGAAAAAAUAAAGUGCGAUCGUCGCGUUCCACACGACGCAACGGAGACUUGAAUAUUUCCAAGGCGCUUUCACUAGGUUUUUCUACUUUCCAAGCGUUGCAUAAUUGCCGGCAAAGAGACGCCUCUCGCGUUCGACGUCGCUGAUCCUCGGAUCGAAUGCGCCCCGCGAACCCAAAGCGGAAGCGGAAACGAAUGGGAAACGUUAACAAUAAUUUUCUACGAUUUUCCUUCUCGAAAGAAACGAGAAAGAAAGCAGCGGCGACGUCGACCGUCGAAGCUAAGCUCUCCGGAUUUUUAGAUUAGGUAUAUAUACGAUACGAAUAAAUAUGAUUGAAAGAGAGAAAAAAUAAAAAGGAAGGAAUAAAAUAUAGCGAAUUAAACUAAAAUAAAUUAAAAGUGCGCGCGGAUGGGAGGUUGGCGCCUAAGACCUAUCCCAGAUAACAAUCUUAGAACACGUUGUUACUGUUAUUGUUAAAGAUAAAAGGAAGUGUUACGUUGUUAAGCGAGGAAACUCGAUCGCGCGAUAAAUUAUCUCGUCGUCGCGGAGUACGAAAUAAGCCGUCUCUAAAGUCUAAACUAUAAAGCUACGCUAAUUACCCCGUAAGUUUAAGAAAAAUAUAAUAGGAAGGAAACUACACGCUGAGAGCCGGAAACGUUGACAUAAAAAUAAUCACGGACACACUCAUACAUAUAUACGCAUAGACGAAAACGCGCCCGCGCACUUUUUACCCCGAAACACCAUCGUUUCUUUGUACUUCUCCUCUUAAUCCUUCUUCCUCUCGCUCGCGAGGAUCGAUCGAUCGAUCGAUUUUAGGACGAACUCUCUUAGACACUGCCUAAUUUUUUCUGCCAAGAGAAAACGACACCCACGCACGUGCACACACACACACACACACACACACGCACGCACGCAUACGUGCAACACACAAUCGAGUCACUUUCUACCCAUCGAUCGAUGGAUCGAUCUAUCCACCCAAAUCGAAUCGUUCUGCUUAUCCAUACUGAUCUAAUUUUUCUUCGCUUACCUUUUAAUGUACAUGUAUUUUCUCUCGUCCAUCGUAGAACACACGCACUCACCUGAUAAGCGAUAUCGAUCCUAAAAAUUGGAAGGGCAAGAUAGGUGCGCGCACUUGUCAAAACAGCGAUCGUUCGUUAAAAACUUGUUAAAAUACCUGGCCUUGAUCGCAUCUCGCUUACGCGUACGUAAUCGUAUCUACGUCGUAAACGAUAGGAAUCCUCGAGGAAUCUGUCAAUCUCUAUCUCUCUCCCUCUCUUUUUUCUUUCUUUCUUUCUUUCUUUCUUCCUUCCUUCCUCUGCAGAAAAAGAUUUUCCGAUUGAUCCUCUUCUUAUUCCAGUUACGGCCAAAAGACGACUCUUCCAAUCGUGACACCUAUCCAACGUUCCAUGAAAUAUUACAAUGUGAUCGAUGGAAAUUUUAUUGAGAAUUCGAAGAAGAAGAAAGAAGUCAUAUCAACGCGAUCGUUCAUUCGUCCAGUGAAAUUGUUCUCAGAUUGAUUUAUUACCGCUCGACGUUGUCCUUUGUAUUUUACGCGUGAAAAAUAAAAAAAAUAAAACAUGGCGCGAGAAUCGAUACGAUACAACGAAGAAACCGGAACGGGUCGCUCUCCCUCUCUCUCUCUCUCUUUCUCUCCGUCUCUUUCUGUGUCUCUAUUUUUCUCGCGACUACGAAGAUACAUCAUUUUUCCAAUAAAAGAGUCGUGGCUUUCUAUUCGUCUUUCCUCUGUCCCACUAGAGCGUGUCUUUGUCCUUGUUUGAUCUUACUCUAUUCGACAUUUCUUAUAUGUUAUAUGUAAAUCCAUAUGUGUCAAUAUUAUAAAUAUGAUAUAUAUAUAUAUACAUAUACAUACAUUACAUAUACAUUCUACAAAUGGGUAAAAAAUAAAGAUUACAGAGUACCGCAACUCGCGUCACCUUAAACGAGGAAUCGUCGUGUAGUAAACUCGAGACUUUGUGCCAACUAAACGUUGCUGUGACAUUCGCGAUUUAGAGAGAUAUCGUAUGAAUAUGUGUAACAAAAAAUCUAUAUCUCGUAUGUGUGUGUGUGUGUGCGCGUGUGUGUGCCGCGCGUAUGUGUGUCUAUGUGUACGUGUGCGUAUGUGUGCGAAUGUGUGUCUAACUUGUACAUAAAUGAACGAGAAAGGAGAAAUUACGAAGAAGACAAAAAGAAAAAAAAAGAGGGGAAAGAAAAGAAAAACGUAAAAAAUAUAAAACACGGGAGCUAUCUUCCGACCGAUAACUUUUCGUCCUCGUCGUCUGCUUCUUCUUUUUAUCGAGCCGAUGAUGACAUAGAAAGACUAAAAGAAUGAGAGAAACCCUAGGAAUGUAUUAGAAUAGCGCGACUGCUAAAAAAAGAAAAAAGAAAAAAGAAAAAAGAAAAAGGAAAAGUCAGGGAACAUCGUCGACUAUCCCCAAUGGAUGUUUUCCCACCCACCUUUUCCUCCAUUCCCGAUUCAAAAGAAAAAAAAAAAGGAUCGCCGAGAAAA